AUGAAGGUUUUUUAUCCAUUGUUUAUAAUAUUACUCUUUUCGCUCGAAUUGACACAUGCUCAAUUGGCCUCAUGUAAAAAGUUCUACGUUAUAAGUUCAAAUCCAGGGAUGUUUUAUCGUAUAUAUUCAUUAAAGUUAAAUGGUACACCUCUCGGUUUAGCACCAACAAAUUUAAGUCAUUGGGUUUCUACAUUAGGUUACGAAGGUCUUCCAAUAUAUACUGGUAAUACUCCUGAUGUAACCAUCAAUAAUAACCAAGCAGUUCCGGAAAAUGAAGUAGCAUAUGGGGAUGUAUAUGGGAAUAAUAUAACAUAUACUAAUUUUACAAUCAUUGGUUCUGCAUGGUUCAUACCUCCUGAAACUGGUGUAUACAAAUUUAGUAUUGCAGCUGAUUCUGCAGCAGAACUGAUGAUAGUAAAUAAUACAAAUGCUUAUUGUUGCGUCAAUGCAACAAAUAAAGAUAUUUCAGAACAAUUCAUUAUAACUAGUAUUCCAUCAAUGCCAGAAACUCAAAACCCAGAGGGAGAAGUUUAUUUAUAUGCGGGAUUCAGAUAUCAAAUGUACUUAUCAUACAUUAACCAAAAUAGCAGCGCAUAUUUAUACCCCAGUUAUAUCGCGCCUGAUGGUACUUAUUCUGGUAUAAAUGGAAAUAUUUAUCAAAUAAAUAAUCAAAAUAGCUCCGAGUUAGUGACUUGCAAUUAUGAUGUCGGCGUUUAUACUACUACUCUUCCAUGGACAGGAACUGCCAGGACUACGGCAUAUCAAGAAUUUUAUAUGGUGGAAGCAUCAAACUACGUUACCGUACAGGAUUGGAUUAUUAUUGGUGAACCUCCAGUCUCGACGACAACAUCUGUUAGCUCCUUAGUCUUCAACCCAGAAAGCUCAGUAGGUUCUUCAUUGUCGGUAGUAAAUUCAACUUCUCGGAUCAAUAGCUUAUCGUCAUCUGAUGUUCCAACAUUUAGUCCAACUUCAAAUAACGUAACCUAUAUUUCUGAAGAACCAUCAACAUUUGCCGCUUCCUUUAUUACUUCAACUGGAAAUAUUUCUGAGUUAACUUCAACUGUAUCUGUUCAGAUAGUUGAACCUGUAUCAAGUGCAUUCAUCAACAUAACCUCCAUAUCAAAGGAUAACUUUGAAACACACAAUGUCGUUCCUUCCUCUUCAAAUGAAAAUGAUUUUAUCAGUUCAGGUAUCAGCGCUAACGUCAGAGGAUAUUCGUCUACCCAACAGGAGAUAACAUCUAUACCGGUGGCUCCUGUCUCUAAAACUUCUAUGUCCAAUGAUUUGGGUUAUUCUAGUGAGAACGAUUUUUAUAGUAACAGUACAAGAAAGUUGACCUCUUCAGUUAUAGGAAGUAUGAAUAUAGGCUCAUCUUCGACUGAGGUUCUUGCCCCAUCAUUAACUGACAAUGAACUGAGUUAUAGUUCAACUAAAACGCUAGGCCCUAUUUCAACUUCUUCUACGAUGAUAUCUUCGGUAUCCGAUAACGAUAUUCCAGUAAGUACAAUUCAAGUUGUAGUAACACAGUCCACUACAGCCACUACUUUUACUUGUCCAGAAAGUCAAGCAACGUAUAUUUCAAUUAUAACAACUGCAAUUAUCGAAACUAUUGGAUACCCAUAUCCAGGUUUUAUUAGUGUGGCCGGUAUCUUCGAAAAUACAGAUGCUGUUCAAGAGAAGACGUUUGUGACCACCAUUACAUCCAUCGUCUAUCCGAAGUCUACUGUAUUUCAAAGUCCCUCGCAAAAUAGCAUAAUAUCCAUAACAAGUCAGCAACCAAUAAUUCCUCGUAUAUCUACUACAGCUGCACUUUCGCAAAAGGAACAAGGGGAAUCUUCUACAGACACCAAGCCCACCGAAGCUUCAAGUUUCUUUACCUUUUUACCGGGACACAAUGGUGGUUUAAAACUUCAACUUGAACUGGAUGAUUUAUUUAUUUCAUUUUUACUAUCUAUAAUCGUGUUCAUACUUUAG